UAUCAGUAUCAGCCUCAUAGAAACUAACAAAAAAAUAAAAAUAAUAUUUCACAGCUUGAAUGUUGUGGGAGCACAACUUUCCACGAUUGGCAAUUUAGUGAACAAUUUAAAUGUAACGCUUCAAAUCCAUAUCCUGAACGUUGUGGAGUGCCAUAUUCUUGUUGUAGAAAAUCUGUGGUUUCCAGAGCGGGUGCCGGUGAAGUUAACCCUCUCACACCUGCAAUUCGCUCAAUUCAGUGUUGGCAAAAUGCUCAGAAGAAGCGAGAACAGGAAUUAGAUUCUGUUGGUUUUUACUAACUAUCUAACCUAGGCUUGAUUUUGGAUUCUGUUCUUUGAAAUUCCUGAUCCUUUAGUCUUAUGUAGUUAAACCCCGUUAUGACGAUUAUUAUGGAGUGAGUCGGUUCCUUUAAGGAUUUUGGCACCACAAUUUCUUGACCCUACUAUAUGUAGCUUUCAAAAUGAGAUUAAUGGAGAAGAAACACUUGGACCCAUAUUCAUUUUCGUAUUGAAGCCAUAUGGCGAGAAUAAUCUUAAAAUUAAGGAAAGUUGGGAUCCAUUGGGAGUUUACAUUAUUACUUUACAAUAUUAGUUACAAUAUUAUUCAUUUGUUCUUGAUUUUUACAAUUAUAUUAAAGGAUAUUUAUGUCCUUGGAUGUCUCCAACCAUUACGGACAUUAUUUGAUUCACAUGCUUUACAUAUUGGAAUGAUUGUACUUUCUAUUAUAUUCCCAGUGUGUGUAACUGUUUGUCUCUCUCAGUGCUUGGCACGGCAAAUAAACUAUCAACACUUUUUAUUGAGGAGAGAGCAAAGGCGAAUAGCUCGAAAUGAGAGGAGAGAAAAGCGUUAUUUGGAGCAGAAAGGAGAAAUUAAAAUUGGAGAACAACACAAAAGACAAACAACAGAAAAUGCUCAAAAACAAGGAGAAAAAGCCGAAGUUAUUGUUCCACUUAAUAAAUGUUCCCCUCCACGUUCACCACCCAAAGUCAAACCACCGCCUACGCCAAAAAAUGAUGAGGAAGCGGCCCAAUUAGGUACUUCAAUUAAAGCUGGCAAACUUGAGUGGAAGAUUGGAAAAACUGAACAAAAGGCACAAAAAGAAUCUUCUUCUAGAGCCUCCAGUUUCUCCCCUCUUCGGAAUCUUUCAAUUAAAAAUAACAAAAAAUGUGAAGGAAAGAGAAAGUCUUCAACCCUCGAAUCUGUGCCAAACAAUAAAAUUAAAAAGCGGGUAUUUGAUGGCAAAAAAGAACAGCAACAUCCAAGCCAUAAAAAUAAUAAUUUUGAAAAAUUAAAUAAUAAAAAUUGUAUUAAAAAUAUUCAGCCAGAACCGUCUGCCCCUCCAAUGUAUUUUACUAUGCAAUUGCAACAACACCAUUUUUAUUAA